GCGAGAUUUUAUUUGUGACACUGAAGCCUUGUGUCUGGAGUAGGCGGCCGGCAGGUUGUGAGGAGGUACAUGUUUAAACGGCGUUGCGGGUAAUGGAACACUAAACCGGCACUGUCGUUGUGUUAUGAAAAUCAGGACUAUAGUGCGAAUCCAGCACCUGUCUGGCACCAUAUUGGUGUUUGCAAACGGUUAAUGUGCUUUUGUGGAAGAUAAAAUGGUGCUGGUAUCAGGUAUUGGAAUUCAAGAUCAUGAUGCAAAACAGAAGAAAAAAACAUCACAGACCAACAGCCAUCGUUUAUAUUCCUGCCCCCCUUUGUCUCAAGCCUUACACCGCUCUAGUUGUAUUACCUCUACUUUUACCAGUGGUACCAGAAGCAAAUGUAAGACACAAAUUCUUCCACAGAGUGAGACCAAGAAGCAGGCUGGAUUCCCAGUAUACAUAGGGCAAUGCAGCUGGAUGCGUCGAAGUGAGAGUUCCUGCACCAUUAAUAGCAGUGGCAGCUCUCGGGGACGUCUGCGAAGUUCAGGUUCCUUACCACAUAUUGCCAGAACUAGAAGUGAGCAGAGGAUUGUUCAGAAGAGUUCCUGCCUUCUUGUAGCAUUGCGACCCAUCAAUGUUGAAGAGGAAAAGACCAAAUUUUUUACAUCCAAUUAUACAUAUAACCCCCAAUUUCAAUAUCAAGAACCAAUGCCCACCAGCGUUCUUGAAAAAUACAGUCAGGCAUCUAACCAAUUCCUUGCUCAGUCUGUUCGGAUACUAAGCACAGUUAUAAGGAAGUAUGGCGAUUAUGAAAACUUUCAAGCUGUGACAGGCGGAAAUCUUCUGAGCAAGAGCCAGAUCUGGGCAUGCUGCCGGAAAUACAUGCAGAAGGAAGGUUGUAGUGGAGAGGUGGUGGUACAACUCACUGAAGACUUACUCUCUCAAGCAGUUAUGACAAUUGAGAACAGCCGACCCACUCUCAGCAUUAAUCUGCUUGGUGCUAGACAGCACUGGCUAGAGGGGAUGCUUCGGCAUGAAAUUGGCACCCAUUACUUACGUGGGGUAAAUGAUGCACGUCAGCCUUGGCAUGGUUCAGAAGGGCGAAAGAGGUUUUCACUGAAGCCAGCAAAUCCCACUGAGGAAGGCCUGGCAAGCCUACACAGUGUGCUGUUCCGGAAGAAUCCAUACCUGUGGCGUGCUGCACUUCUUUACUACACUGUAAGCCGUGCAGCUAGCUCAAGUUUCUCUGAGCUUUUCCACGACUUGCAGCAAUUUGUGCAGGACCCCAAUGUUCGAUGGGAAUACUGUGUACGAGUUAAACGGGGACAGAAAGACACUGGACAAACAGGCUGCUUCAGUAAAGACCAAGUCUAUCUUGAUGGAAUACUGCGCAUUCUGCGGCACCGACAUACCAUCGAUUUUCGCCUGUUAACUUCCCUUGGAAAGGUAUCCUAUGAGGAUGUAGAUGAGCUACAGAAGUUUGCCGAGCUAGAUAAUAUUCGGAUUCCUCACUUUAUGCAGGAUCUGGAGAAAUACCACCAUCAACUUCGGCACAUCAUGGAAACAAACCAGCUUACUGAUGAGGAGCUGCAAGCUUUACUACCUAACUGAUGAGGGCAGAAUGCUGUCUAAAGCAACCCCCAGUCACAGCAAGGGCUAAAUGGGUUAUGGCUACGGGAUUGGAGGAGAAUUGUGUUUUACUUACAGUAUACAGUAUGUAUUGGGAAAGUAGUAGGUGUUUCUGUAACAGUGAAUUAGAAGAUUUGAUGCACUGUUAUAUAGUAAAUGGGAGUAAUGGGGCACAGUGCACUGUGAAACAGAACUGUUGUGCAGAACAGGAGUAAAAGGAGGACCAGUCUAAUGAGCACAAUUUCACAUUGCUAAAGUGUUAAUUAAUGCUCAUGAUUUCAUUUCUUAGUGAUGUGUGCACGGGGUGAAUGAUUUAAAAGUAAAGAGUAAAGGCCCAGUUCUACAUGCACUCAUUAGCUUUUUAGGGCAUAGGCUUCUGUGCCCCUUCCCACUGCUAGCAGUGUCCUGUGUCCUAUUACAUACCUUCUAUGAUCCUUAGGACAUGGCCCUACUUUUUUCAUGUUGCAUAUACUCAUGUGCUGCCCAUUGUGUACAUCAGGGACCGUGCAUCCUGAGCCAGUGCAUUGUCCCUGUGUGCAACAGAAUAUAAGUUUUGAGUGCACAAAAUGCUUUAACUUAAGUGACUUAGGGAUAUUGGCCAUGGGAAGUAGCACAGCAGGCCCUUACCCUAACAGUAUUAAAAUGAGGUGACAAUUAAUCAUGCCCUCAGUUUCCUUUAAAUGACUGAGUUAAUGACUUAACUGCAUGUUUUUAGGAAUAAAGCAGCAAGUUUUAAAACAUCCUAUACAUUAUAAGUAAUAUUUCUUAAUUGUGUGUUUUUGUUUUUCACCUGUAAAUAUUAUUUAAUAAAAUGUAAAAAGAACCAC